AAAGAAGGUUGUUGAGCAAGUAAUCCGAUGGUUGUUACUUGUUACCGACGAAAUGUGAAAUUACCGGCCUUGCCCUUUCCCCUUGGCGGCAUAUUUAUGCCAAAUCCGUAUUAAAACUUUGUUUUCAAAUUUCCACUCACAUUCUCCGCCACUUUUCCGAUCAGGAGGGCCUUGGGUAUACAAUGUAUAAGGGAGCUUCAAAGAAGAGAAAGUUGCCUGAAAGAAACUUUGAUAUUGAUUUAUGCAACACAAGGGACAAGACAGCGCAAAAUUUUCACCAGAAUAAUUCUGGAGCUGUAGAAACUGGUGUUUCUUCGGAAGAAUUUGUUUUUACUUCACUAAAAGCAACUACUAAAGAUCCUUCUCGUUCUUUUGAGUUUUAUGUCUGGUCAGAUGAGGGAAUUAACCUUUGUAUUGAUUUAAAUUCAUCCCCAUCAGAUUGGAGUAACAGGUACAGAAAUGAGGUAUGUGUGAGCCUGGACAAGAGUGCGAAAAAAGAAUUUAGGAGUCUUUGGCAGGAUCUUGGUUGCUUAGGAGGGAGUUCUACACAAGGAAAAAAUUCCUUUCUGUGGAGUGCAAAUUCUGUCUGCUUUGAUGAUUGUAAUGGGCAGACCAAAUCUUCCCAAAUCUUGAAGUUGGCAAAAGAUGUUACAGGGCCCAAUCAACAGAAUAAAGGUGGCCUUCCUUCAAUAUAUGAUUCAUUAGCUCCAUGCAGCAUGCCUGUAAAUGUGGAAAACAAUGUAAAUGAAAAUAAAUCCACUGCCUCAGCGGAACUGACUGUAAAUGUAGCAGAGAAUUUAAAGAAAUAUGAAUCAACUGUCUCAGAUGAAGUUAGUUUUGGUGCACCAAACAAUUAUAUUUCUGGUGCUAAAUCUUGCAGUAAAGAAGUGCAUAAGAAAAUCCUUGAUUUAAAUGCUACUAAUACUCCAUUCAUUAAGUCAAUAUGUGGUUCAGUUGGCAACUCAUUGUCAGAUCCUGACACACUAGGGCAGAAAAAUUCAAAGCCUAAUAAUGAAAUUUUUGAAGUUUGUGCUAUGCUAAAUGGUUCUUGCCCUGUGAACCCUGAUAUGAUGUGUCCUGGAGCUUUGUUAAGCGAUUCUUUGGAGGUAAAAGUUUCAGAAGUUACAAGUUGUCAUAAAUAUCUAUCACUUUCACACUCUGAAAAUAAUGGAUUCCUGGAUUUAAGUGAUCCUAAGAACGCUUCAGAUGUGGAACGGGGUCUACUAGUCAACUCAAGUGAGCUUAAUUUGGACACUAAUGGGAAGAAUCUCCCAUCACUAACUGAAGAAUGGGAGGUGGUGGGCAAAAAUGUGAAUGGAAGGGAGAGUUCAGAAUACUCCCAAUUUGAUGACCCGCCUAAGAAGUCUAGUCAAGAGUGUAGUGAUCAGAAAUCUGGAGUGAAACUUCGCCAAAAGAGGAAACACAUACACUCUGAGGCUAAAAGUUCCAGCGAUAAACCUGUUGCGAUGUUCUUAAGAAGCAUGAAGAAUGCUAUGACAGUCCAGCCUAGAAGGUCCAUGCGGCUAAUCUCCAAGUGAUUUCAUGAGGUGCUUGUAUGCUUCAUCUGAAAGCAUUAGUUACAAAAUUCUCAGUGAAUCAAAGUGGAAGAAUGACAGUUAGUAGGUAUGAACUACAACUAUCACUUCAUGUUGUUUUGAGAAUCAUAAGGAUUAGUGAGACAGCUCUUGAAAUUGAACUUUUAUAUCAGGUUACAUGAAAGAUUAGAGAUAACCCUAUCUCAUGACUUGCAAUUCUAAGUUUUGUGUAAAUCAACAACUUAAAUCAUUGGUUUGGAUUGGAUGGCUGUAAUUGAAGAGACGGUUAGAAAAUCGUCUUGUACAUGAUUGUUCUUUUGAAGCAGACAACACAAAUUAGAAGUCAAUAUACAUAAAAUCCCCGUCCAAGAAUUUUGUAUAUUUCUGUCGCUGUUAGCUUUGUUUAGCAGCUUAGUUUUCUGCGUCUGGACUACAUUUUGAGGCAGUCCGACCCCAAAUGUCUAAUAUCAAAAAUUAAAAUUUAAGAUGAUUCUGUUAUUGAUGUUAACCGGCUGCAGGUUGCUUUAUUCUUUUGCAAGAAAUAUACUCAGCAAAAUGAUUCUUUUUUAAGGUGUACUAGGCUUUCAGAUACUGAUUUUUACAUUUACUUGGGUCUCAUUAUAUAUCAGAGUUUACUUAGAUUGAAGUCGUCGAUCAAUUUACGGCAUACUUGAGUUGUAAAAAAAUUGCAGGAUCCUAAGGUCUGACACGGUUGUAGCUUAUACUUCAAGUUCUACUCUUGUGGCAAAAGGAUUUGUUUGUUUAUUUGUUUUAAAGUUGAGUAAAUUAAAGUUUGAACUGUUGAAUCACCUGAAUG